AUGGCGAAUCAAAUCAAAAAACUUAAGGUAAGGAUUGAACCCACUAAUCCAAGUUCCCAAAAGUCGGAUGAUAGGGACACACAGGUAUCACGGUCAAGCAAAAGGAACAAAAAGAGAAGGAAAAGAUCCAAAAUCCAAAAGAAUUUAAGCAAAGGAAAAGAAGAAGAGGAGUCUAAGUCUGAAACUCAAGAUGUUAGAAGUUACCUAAACAAAAAGCGAGCUCGACAGUCGCAUAGUAUUCAAUCAUUCGUGGAUAAGAAUCGGGAAGAGAGGAAGGAUGAUUUAAGUCAAGGGGGACCACAAGAAGCCCCUAUGUUAGUGAACUCCCUUUUUUCCACUGAAAUCCUAACGACUCCUAACCCUGACAAGAUUAAAAUUCCCAACAUGAAUCUUUUCGACAGAACAAAAUGUCUAGAAGAACACAUCGUGGCGUAUAAGAAUCUGAUGCUACUAUACACCACAAACCAGGCCUUAUGGUGCAAGUUUUUCCCUACAACUCUUAGUGGUGUUGCCUUAAUUUGGUACACCUCGCUUCCAGUUGGAAGCAUCCAUACCUUUACCCAGCUGGAAGCUAAGUUUGCUAUUUUGGAAGUUACUGAUUUAGAAGAUUUCGUCGCCCUUAACGCCUUGAUAAAUGGAAUGCGGACUCCAAAACUAAAAUUCCAACUCAUAAAGAAUCAAGUAAAAAUGUAUGCGAAAACCAUGGGACAAUGUCAAAGUUAUAUCACUCCUUCUCAAAUAUGUCACACACACGAUUCCAAGAAGCGGAAGCAUGAUAAAAGUUUGCAAGGACAAAGCCAUCCACAAAAAAUUCACAAAGAUGAACUCCAAUCAAGAAGAGAAAAAGGUUAUCCCCCUCGUCACCAUGGUUCUCAUUCCAAGAUGGGGCCUUCGAGAUCCAGACACAUCUACAUCAUGGAAGAAGAACCCCGAGCAAGGAACCUAAGGGACAGGGGAGAGAAUCCUCGAUUUAAUAGAAAUAGAAGAGACAUCUUCUAUGCCAUCCAAGAUGAACUCCUAGCACCUCCACCUACCACUAUACCAUCGGAAUGUCGGAAACUGAGGAGGUUUCUGAACUGGAAAGAGUAUGGCUCUCGCGGCGAUAAUGAAAGGCCAUACCAUCCAAAGCACAAACCCCCGAAGGAUGAAGAAAGAAAAGACAUCUCCGGUGAUAUGCGUGGAGUCAUCAACAUGAUCAUAGGUGGUUUCUCUGAAGACUACCCCACCCUUAGAGCUGCAAGAGGUAGUGUCCACACUCUGUUGAAGGGACCUCCUAAAGCAAUCAUGGGAGGCCUUGUGGUAAAGUUUAAUGCAACUAUCUCAAAACCACUGCAGCAACCUCACAUAGAUUCAUUGAUCGUCACAAUCAAGAUUGGCCAAAUGAAGGUAAAGCGAGUACUAAUAGAUACCGGAAGUACCACAGAUUUGAUCACGAUGGAUUUCCUCAGUUUGAAGAAAAACACCUGCAACCGUAGACAAAUUUCUCAUUGGCGUUGGAGGUAA